AUGCCAUCACCAGUACGAGCUCCUGCUGACCCAGCUGCCGCUGUUGCGCCUCAACCGAUGAUAUCUCUACCUAACUUUGCUUCAUUUGAUCCUCAUACUGACCCUACCGCUAUUGGCCCCAGAUGGGAAAGGUGGUUGGCUAGAUUUGAGAGACUCUUUGUUGGAAUAGGUUUAACUGAUCCCACAAGGAAGAGAGCAUUGCUACUACAUUACGCAGGACCUGAUGUAGAUGAGAUAUUCGACACGUUGACAGAGACAGGCGAUGAUGAUGACUAUAAUACUGUUAAGGCUAAGUUAACUGCGCAUUUUCUACCCAAGAAGAACGUAGCAUUCGAGGUAUACAACUUCAGACAGUGUACUCAAGCAAAGGAUGAAACGCUUGAUGCCUACCAUACUCGCUUGAGAAAACUUGCCAAGACAUGUGAUUUCGCGAAUGUAGACCGCGAGAUUUGCGCUCAAAUCAUAACCGGCACUAAUUCACAUCAACUUCGCAGAAAAGCGUUGCGUGAAGACAUGAAUUUAACUAAAAUUCUAGAUACUGGCCGCGCAUUUGAAUUGAGUGAGCACCAAGCAACCAAGCUUGAAGAAUCGCAACAUCAAACCGUUAACAAGAUUAGAGCCAAUGACAAGAGCCAAGGCAAAGGGAGCCAAAGACAGAGCAGACCUAAGCAGAAGACACGUCGUUUCCAGUCACAAUCGAAGCCGGACCAGGACAGACGUCGCGAUGGUCGAGAUACCAGACCCCAGCAGCGACACAACGACCAGAACUGUGGUAAGUGUGGAGGGAGACCCCACAAAGUCAGUAGUAAUUGUCCCGCCAAUGGUCAGGAGUGCCAUCGUUGCAAGAAGAUAGGACACUUCGGGAGGAUGUGCCGUUCAAAGACCAACAGCGCUAACACCCUGAUGACAGAGGCUGACGAAGAUUCUGACUACUGUUACUUUACCCAAGCUGUCAAGUCCAACAACCCAACGCUGUGUACGAUAACAAUCGGAAAGAAACCAAAAAUGGCCAGAGGCCCAUGA